UCUGGGUUUGCAAAAUAUGGUGGGAUCGCGCUAGCAAGAACAUGGAGAAUUGGCGUUCACGCCCGCCAGUGCGGCUGUGUUAGAAAGUUUCUCCAGUGGGAGAAUUCAAAUCGGGCUCCUGCGUAGGUAGAAAUGCAGCAGGCGCAGCUUCCCUCAUCUCUGUGCUGACGCUCUUAUUACAGAGAUGUCCCACAACAGGCGUAGUAGCAAAGGACCUGGCCCUGCUCAGGCACAGCACAUGGAUGUAGAUGAAGAAAGCACUUUGACUCAAACACAGACACCCAGCCAGGUGCAGCGUAACUUAGAGCGGCGCCCACAAAGUCAAGUGGAACUCAAAGUGAAUGAGCUGGUGCAGUUUCUGCUGGUCAAAGACCAGAAGAAGAUCCCUAUUAAGCGGGCAGAUAUUCUGAAACAUAUCAUCAAAGACUAUAAAGAUGUCUUUCCUGAGAUCCUCAAACGUGUCAACCAGACUCUUCAGCUGGUAUUUGGGCUGGAGUUGGUGGAAAUUGACUCAAAGUAUCACACAUACAUCUUGAUCAGUAAAUUGCCACCACUGGAACUGGAGAGCAUGAAAGAGGAUGAGAUCACACCCAAGAUGGGUCUCCUUGCAGUCAUUCUCAGCCUGAUCUUCAUGAAGGGCAAUGUGGCCAAAGAAUCUGCUGUUUGGGAGAUGCUGAGGAGACUGCGAGUUGACUGCUCUGGGGAAAAACAUAAGAUCUUUGGUGAUGUGAAGAAGCUAGUGACAGAGGAAUUUGUCAGGCAAAAGUACCUGGAAUAUACUCGUCUCCCACACACAGAUCCACCCGAAUUUGAGUUCAGAUGGGGACCACGGGCUGUUAAAGAGACUUCCAAGAAGCAGAUUCUACAGUUUGUUGCUAUGAUACAGAACAAGAACCCCAAAUCCUGGAUGAGCCAGUACAAUGAUGCUGAAGCAGAGGCCAAUGCUGCAGUAAGACACUAGCCAUUAUGGUGCUGGAUUGCAGGGAGCCAUCGGAACCCCUAAGUCGAACCGGGUCUAUAGCCAUCCACUGCCUUAUUUGACUAUGGCUGAGAGAGGUGCCUUGAGUUUCACUUUAUAGGAGCUGGGUUUCAUAUAAAGUGCUUUGUGCACCUUACUAGGUUUCCCCAAAUGGAGGAGAGAUUCCAAAAUACACUUGGGACACUUAACCCAUCACUUAAAUAAGAAUUUUUGGUAAGGCACGUGACUGAUCAACAGUUAAAUAAAAUAUAAUUGUGUUAUUUUCUGAAUGGAUUGAUUUUGGUAAGGAGAAUACAGACCAGAAGUAAAGUUUUUAUUCUAUAAAACUUCUGUAUUUAAUUGCUACUGUAAUAUUGUAAAGAGUAAUUAUUGUAAUUAUUGUAAAGAGUAAUUAUUGUAAUUAUUGUAAAGAGCAUGUAUUUUCAUUAAAAUAAAACAAAAUAAAAAGAAGAGGCAUAAUCCAGGUAAAGUUAAGCAUUUUCAUGUCCUCUUGAUUUCAAUGAAAUGUAAGAAUAUGAUUAACUGUUCCUCCAAAUGAAAACAGUGGGACUUAAAAGUGCCUAUCAGUGUCUGGAUUGUGUUUCAUUUCCCCCCUCCUCAA